AUGACAGAAGAAGUACGAGUUUCAGAUGUAGAACCUUUACUUAGGAACCAUCAUAAUUAUGAUAGGAAUGAAACCCCAACACAGAGGGAAAAAACAGAAAAUUCUUUAACUCCAGAACAAGCACUAAUUCAUAUGAUUAAAGUAAUGAUGGGAACAGGAAUGCUUUCAUUACCACUAGCUUUUAAACAUUCUGGCCUAUAUUUAGGUUUAUUUUUGUUAAUCGUUAUAUGUUUCGUAUGCACAUACUGUUGUCGACAAUUAGUUCAUUCUGCCAAAUUUGUUUGUACAAUUAAAGGUUUACAAAAAAUUGACUAUGCUAAUGUUAUGAGAACAGCUGUUGAAUUGGGACCAAAUUGGAUUAAACAUAGAGGUUAUGCUGCUAAACAACUUGUCAACAUAAAUAUGUUUAUUGCUCAGAUAGGAUUUUGCUGCGUAUAUUUUGUUUUUAUGGCUGAUAAUUUGAAACAAUUUUUUGAUGAAACAUCAACAAUUCAAUUGUCCCAAGCAACAUGGAUUGCAUUACUUUUUAUACCAAUAAUGGGUCUAUGUUUAAUAAGACAUUUAAAAGUACUUGCUCCAUUAGCUUUAGCAGGAAAUUUUGUUUAUGUAUUUGCUGUAGGAAUUGUAAUAUCGUAUUUAUUUAAAAAUAUCAAUCCAUCAUGGUCAGUACCAGCUAUUGGAGAUAUCAGAGAUUUACCAUUAUUUUUUGGUACAGUAAUGUUUGCAUUUGAAGGAAUCUGCGUUAUUUUACCUAUUGAAAAUCAAAUGUCAGAACCAGAACAUUUUAUUUCAUAUACAGGUGUAUUAAACACUUCUUGUGCUCUUGUUUUAGCUGUUUAUUGUACAAUUGGAUAUUUUGGUUAUUUAACAUUCCAAGAUACUAUUUUAGAUACUAUUACUCUAAAUUUACCAAAUGAACUUUUUUAUCAAGGAAUUAAAAUUCUUUUUGUUCUUUGUAUAAUGGUAUCAUUUCCUUUACAAUUUUAUGUACCAAUUGAGCGUAUAGAAAAAUGGAUAACUAGAAAAAUUGCUCCAGAAAAACAAACAAUGUUAAUAUAUAGUGCACGUGGAUGUCUAGUUCUUUUUAUUCUUUCUUUAGCUGAAUUAAUUCCCCAUCUUGCCUUAUUUAUUUCACUUGUAGGAAGUUUUGCUGGUACAGCACUAGCAUUACUUUUUCCACCAGUUAUUGAAUUGUUAGUUUAUUAUUCUCAAGAUCGUUUAACUUCAAUUGUAUGGAUCAAAAACAUUUUUUUGAUGUCCUUUGGAUUAUUGGGAUUUGUUACAGGAACAUAUUCAUCAUUAAAAGCUAUUGGUCAAGCUCUUUUUAUAUAA